AUGAGGGCUACGACUGCUUCACUCGUCAUCGCCUCGCUGGCGGCCACAGCUGCUAGCCACGCUACAUUCCAAGAGCUGUGGGUAGCUGGGAAAGACGAGGAAUCCACUUGCGCCAGGCUUCCAUCAAACAAUAACCCCGUUACUAGUGUGGCCUCAAACGACAUUCGUUGCAAUGUUGGAGGCACCAAGGCCGCGGCGGCCAAGUGCAGUGUAGCUGCUGGCGAUACUGUCACGGUAGAAAUGCACCAACAGCCGGGCGACAGAGACUGCACCCGAGAGGCCUUAGGUGGAAACCACUUCGGGCCUGUCCUGGCGUACCUAAGCAAAGUUGAAGACGCUGCCUCGGCCGACGGGUCAUCAUCCUGGUUCAAGAUCUACGAACAGGGCUACGACCCUGCGACCAAGGCCUGGGGCAACGACGCCUUGAACAAGAACUGCGGCAAACAAGAUGUCAAGAUCCCGGCUGACAUCGCCCCGGGAGACUACCUCCUGCGUGCGGAGACCAUCGCUCUGCAUACAGCUUCCCAGGCGAACGGCGCCCAGUUCUAUAUGACCUGCUACCAAAUCACGGUCACCGGCGGAGGUUCCGCAAACCCAGAGGGUGUGAAAUUCCCUGGUGCUUACAGCGCCAGCGACCCCGGUAUCAAGGUCGACAUCUGGGGCAACAGUUUCACAGAGUACAAGAUUCCCGGCCCCCCAGUUUAUGGAAGUUGA